AAAAUAUAUCGCAUGCUAGAAAUGUCAUUGCAAAACAAAUAAACAACAAGGCAACAGCGUGACUGCAAAGAAAAAAGUGAGUACAAAAUGGAAAAUAUAAAAGAAACCAGCGAGCAGGCAGAAGCAAAUGAAACAGCAGAAGAAAUUAUAAAACCAGACCAACAACUACAGCAACAAAAGCAGGAAGACCAACAAUUACAGCAGCAGCAGCCAACAGAAUUACAAGAACCCCCACAAAAACAAGAGGGGGAAAAACUAAUAGAGACACCUGGUGAAAAGCAGCAGCCAGAAACACCAAUUAUUGUCUUCGAUGAGGAUGAUGAUGAUUAUGACGAUGAUGAUGAGGAAAAAGAUACUUCACAGAAAUUGGUCAUAGACAUACCCGAGGAAGAUGAGGAGGAGGAAAAAGAUGAAGAAGAAGAGGAGGAGGAUGAUGAUGUUAUAGCUUUAGAUGAUUUACCCCAAGAGGUACCAGCUCCUAAAGAGACAGAAAAAAUUUCACCCAAACCUGAAAUAGUAGAGGCCAUAAUAACUUUAUCCGAUGGCGAAGAAGAUGUAACAACCAAUGAGGCUGCCGCUAAACCGGGUAAAGUACAAAAAAGACGUAGCAUGGGUGCUGGUACAGUGGGCAAUGAAGAAGAGCGUUAUCGUUUAAAAAGGCGUAAAAUUAAUGUGGCCGGUGCUCCCAAAAUGCCAUUAACUGGUUAUGUACGUUAUAUGAAUGAUAGACGUGAUACUUUGCGCAAAGAACAUCCUUCCAAAACGGCCAUGGAACACACCAAAAUGAUUGGUGAAGAAUGGCAUGCCUUGCCAACGGAUGUUAAGUCUAACUAUUUAAAGGCGGCUGAUGUUGAUAAGGAAAGAUAUGUUAAGGAAUUGCAUAGUUUUCUGAAAUCCCGACCCGAUAUCUUGGCCAGUGAAUUGGCUAAAAAUAAAAUACGUAAAACAGCGGAAAACAAUAGUCCCAAUCCGUCAGCAAACGCCAGCACAACGGCAGCGACUGCAACGAAACCGGUAGUACUUAAAGACAAAACACAAAUAAAUGAGACACAACCAAAAUUCACUAAAGACACUAACGUGAAGGAUAAAAUGAGCAAGGAAAUCAUGGCCACAGCUUCGACAUCACAACAGGCUAAUAACGAUAAGACGGGCAAUGAGAAAAACAAACGUAAACGAACACCCACACCACCUACAUCCACCACCACCACCAACACCACCGCCAACAACAUGAAUACAACAAAUGCCUCCACUUCAGCUAUGGCGGCGGCCAGCAGCACUAGCAUCAGCUCUACUAUUGUUACACCCACGCCCGGCGAAAUACCCAUAUUUACAAAUGAGUUUCUGGAACACAAUAAAAUCUAUGAUAUGGAAUUGCGUUCGCUUAGGAAAUCGAAAACGGAUCUGGAACAGCAGAAUUCGGUGUUAGAGAAACAUGUUGAGAACAUGAAAUUCGGUGUAGAGAAAAUGAUAACGGAAAACAAUGAGUUAGAAGAGAAGAAUAGACUUUUGGAAAUUUAUCUGGAUAAAUUGAAAAGGAAAUUAGCUCUUGCUUUAGGGGCAUUACCUUUGCCCACGGCACCCAAUGGUGCCACCGUGGACAAUAUAGAUAAAUACAUGCAGGAUCUAUAUAAAAUGUCCACUUCCAAUUCGCAUGGCCCGGCUACUUUGAAUAAGGCUAAGGAUAUUAUUAGAAAACUAGAUUUACAAAUACAACUUUAAGUUUAUUUACAAAAAUAUCUUUAUUACAAUAC